AUAAUGCCAAAACCAAUGAGAUCAUUAAGCCCCACUCGGCUUCCUGUCAAUUUCUCGGACAUUGCAAGGAACAAAAAAAAGGCAAAAAGACAUUUAUCAUUUCAUUUCCCUUUUGAAAGUCUCUUCCAUUUCUCCAUGGAUCCCAAAGGUUUGGAACCCUAAAGCUCCUUAAAUCAGCUUUCUGAAGGGUUUUUUGAGCUAAACUUUUGUGGGGUUUUGUUGCUUACAAAGAAAUGAAUAUGUCAACCUGAGCAUGACUCUACUAGUUAUGGCCUGAUAUGUCAACCAAGAGGUCAGAAGUUCAAAUCCUCCCAUCCCAGUGGCUAUUUGUUCUGCUAUUUUACAGAUCAUAGGGAAUAUUUAGUUCUUGACAUCUGGAUUAUUAAAUGCUGGACCUUGUUAUUUGAGUUGAUUUGCUGAACGUUUGGAGUGCAAACUAAAAGCAUGGAAGAGAAAGGAGGAAUCAAGAAAGAUAUCACUGAAUUAAUAGGUAAUACUCCAAUGGUAUAUCUAAGUAAAGUGGCUGAUGGUUGUUUUGCUCAUAUCGCUGCUAAACUAGAGAUGAUGGAGCCGUGUUCUAGCGUUAAAGACAGGAUCGGGCAGAGUAUGAUUCAAGAUGCAGAGGAUAAGGGCCUGAUUACACCAGGAAAGACUGUCUUAAUCGAGAUUACGAGUGGUAACACGGGCAUUGCACUAGCGAGCAUUGCAGCACUAAAGGGCUACAAACUUAUUGUAGUUAUGCCAGCUUCAUAUAGUCUUGAAAGACGAAUUCUUCUUCGAGCUUUCGGAGCUGAGCUGUACAUCACAGACCCUGCAGCAGGGCUUGAAGGGCUUCUAAAGAAGGUUGAGGAGAUAAUGAAAGUCACACCCAAUAGCUAUUUUCUGAAGCAAUUUGAAAAUCCAUCUAAUCCAAAGAUUCAUUAUGAAACCACUGGGCCAGAGAUAUGGAAAGACUCAGGAGGAAAAGUCGAUGCUUUGGUUGUGGGGAUUGGAACUGGGGGGACGAUAACUGGUGCGGGGAAUUUUCUCAAGGAACAGAACCCAGACAUUAAGGUUUAUGCAGUGGAACCAGCAGAGAGUGCUGUGCUAAGUGGAGGACAACCUGGUAAGCAUCUCAUUCAAGGAAUUGGAGCUGGCUUCAUCCCUCCUGUUCUUGAUGUCAAAGUCUAUGAUGAAGUUAUUCAGGUCUCAAGUGAGGAAGCAAUUGAAACUGCAAAGCUUCUUGCACUAAAGGAAGGCCUCCUUGUGGGAAUUUCAUCAGGUGCAGCAGCAGCUGCUGCAUUAAAGGUUGCAAAGAGACCAGAGAGUGAAGGAAAACUUAUCGUUGUCAUCUUCCCAAGCUCUGGCGAGCGAUAUCUGUCGACGAUGCUUUUUGAUUCAAUCAGGCAUGAAGUAGAAAACAUGACUUAUGUAUAGUUGAUCCAUUUGAAAUUUUCACACGUUCUUAUAUCGAAUCAUUCUUGGGAUUUUGAAUUUGCAGUUUCAAUAACGUUUGGUUGAAGAAAAGUGGUAAUUUUAAUAAUACCCACCAUUAGGGACCAUUGCAAAUA